UAUAAAAAUAAAUAAUUAUUUUCUUUUCUUUUCUGAACACGAUGCCACCGAGAGCUAAGAAGCGCAGAAUGGCUCAACCAUCAGCGACUGCCACACAGCAGCCAAGUGGUAGUCAGGCUACAGUGUCUGUGAAUUCCCAGACGUACUCGUCGACGGCGUCGGCAGGAUGUCCAGUACCAAUACCACCAACCCAGGCUCCAUCAACUUCUGUUGUGGCGGAAGCGCAACCCACGUUGACAAGAAGUGCAGGGCCAUCCUUUGCACCGACCACCUCUGGAGCAACAAUCUCAACUCCAACAGAUGUUGGCACCACCCCUGCUCCUGUCCCAUCAAUACAUAUGAUUGGUAUGAAUGUUUCUAGCACAGUCAGACAACGUAUUAUUAGUGGGCAGUAUAUUGAUUUGGCCACAUUGGUAACACCAAAAUCAGGGUCUGAUGAAAAGAAAUUAGUUAUGAAUAGUAUGGGUGAGAUAAUUUAUAAAGAUGCCAACCCAAAAAAGGUAGAAAAUAUUGAGCAAUGGACUGACCUUAUGCUCAUAUUUGCAAGUGUGUACUUGAGUGCACAUCCCGCCAAGACUCUUGACCUACUUAAGUACAUACAGACCGUAAGAAUGGGUGUUAGCAGGGGGGCUAUAUCUUGGAAAGAAUAUGAUACGCAGUUUAGGCUGCGCAAAGAGCAAAAUCCUGUGUCUUCCUGGGGUGAAAUUGACUCGGAAUUGUGGUUAAUGUAUAUGCAUUCUGGGCCUGCUUAUAACGUAACAAAUGCACCCAAAACCAAUAAUGAUAAAUGCUACAAUUUCAAUUACAAGGGAUCUUGUGACAAAUUCCCAUGCAUGUAUAAACACAGCUGUAUUCGAUGUGGUAGUAACCAUCCGCAGAUACAUUGCAUUACACAAGCCUCAAACACUGGGUCCGCACAAGUAUUUCGCCAACAAAAUUCAAGUGGUCAAUUCUAUGGACAGUCAAGUUUUCGUCCACAAACCACCAAUGCAAAUACCAACUUUAAGGGGUAUUCAACCAACGCAAAUACCAAUUAUAAGGGGUAUUCCAGCAGCAACACCCAGCGCCCCACCUACUCAAGACCAAGAUUCCGCACCCCGCAAUCUAUGGCGUCUAGGUUCAACGCCUAUUAA